UGUAGCAACGGGCGAGACCGGCCCUGACUGCCCACCUGUGUUGCCGAGGACCACAAAGAAAAAUAAUGAAAGACCUGACGGCAAGGAGCGAUUUUUGCAACCCUUUCCUAUAGGAUCUCGUUGGCCUUGGCCUUACAAAGAAGCUGACUUUGCUGGUGUUGUCAUUGCACCUCGCCCAGUUCCCACCUUGGGUUUGCUUUCUUUAACUUUGGUGUUAGACUAUGAAUUGCACGGAAAUGAUAACUAGCACUUGCUAUUAAAUGCACUAUAUUGUAGGAACUAUGUAAGUAAGCGAGAAUGAUUUGCUAUCAGAGGUAUGCUCGUUAUCGAACCCGUAGUUACAGAUAUGCAAGGUUUCUCAUGUGAAACAGCAUCUCGUCCCGCUAUAAUUAUAGCGCAAAUCAGUAACGACACGAAUAAGUGAGUUUCUGGUGUUAAUGCGGUGAAGAGCGAUGGAAAAGAUAGCCCACUCUCGGUGCUGACCUUCCCUCCGUGGCAGCUUGUCAUUCUGCCCUGGUGUCGAAAACUGCCCCAGCAUUCAUGUGAGCAGGAAUCAAGAUAACUAAAAAUGUCUGUCACUAAGGAGGAUUUAUGUCACCACAUGAAAGUAGUUGUUCGUGUGCGUCCCGAGAACACAAAAGAAAAAACAGUUGCGUUCCAUAGAGUGGUUCAUGUUAUGGAUAAACAUAUGCUCGUUUUUGAUCCCAAGCCAGAAGAAGUCAGUUUUUUUCACAAAAAGAAAACUACAAAUUUUGAUAUUACUAAAAGACAAAAUAAGGAUCUUAAGUUUGUAUUUGAUGCUGUAUUUGAUGAAACGUCAACUCAAAUGGAAGUUUUUGAACACACUACGAAGCCAAUUCUUCAUAGUUUUCUGAAUGGAUAUAAUUGCACAGUACUUGCAUAUGGUGCCACUGGAGCUGGGAAGACUCACACAAUGCUAGGAUCAGCUGAUGAGCCUGGAGUGAUGUACCUAACAAUGUUAGACCUUUUCAAAUCCAUGGAUGAGAUUAAAGAAGAAAAAGUGUGUAGUACUGCAGUUUCUUAUUUAGAGGUAUAUAAUGAACAGAUUCGUGACCUCUUGACAAAUUCAGGACCACUUCAUGUCCGAGAAGAUGCCCAAAAAGGAGUCGUUGUUCAAGGUCUCACUUUACACCAGCCCAAAUCCUCAGAGGAAAUAUUACAGCUACUGGACAAUGGAAACAAAAACAGGACACAGCAUCCCACUGACAUAAAUGCCUCAUCUUCUCGUUCUCAUGCUGUUUUCCAGAUUUAUUUGCGACUACAGGACAAAACAGCAAGCAUCAAUCAAAAUGUGUGUGUAGCCAAAAUGUCACUCAUUGACCUGGCAGGAUCUGAGCGGGCCAGCACUUCUGGUGCUAAAGGGGCACGAUUUGUAGAAGGGACAAACAUUAAUAAAUCACUUUUAGCCCUUGGGAAUGUCAUCAAUGCCUUAGCAGAUACAAAGAGAAGGAAUCAGCAUAUUCCUUACAGAAAUAGUAAGCUUACUCGCUUAUUGAAGGAUUCUCUUGGAGGAAACUGCCAAACUAUAAUGAUAGCUGCUGUUAGUCCUUCCUCUUUAUUCUACGACGACACUUAUAACACUCUUAAGUAUGCUAACCGUGCAAAAGACAUUAAAUCUUCUUUGAAGAGCAAUGUUCUUAAUGUCAACAGUCACAUAUCUCAGUAUGUAAAGAUCUGUAAUGUACAGAAAGCAGAGAUUUUAAGGUUGAAAGAAAAACUAAAAGCAUAUGAACAGAAAGCCUUGACUGACAAAAAUGACUGUGAAAAAUUAGUACAUUCAAAAACUCAAGACAAAGAAAUUGAAAGAUUUCAAGAAAUUCUAAAAUGCUUGUUCCAGAAUCGAGAUAGAAUCAGGCAAGAAUAUCUGAAGUUAGAAAUGUUACUUAGAGAAAAUGAACUGAAGUCGUUCUAUCAACAACAAUGCCACAAGCAAAUAGAGAUGCUGUGCUCAGAAGACAAAGUAGAAAAGGCCACUUGCAAACGAGAUCACAGACUUGAAAAGUUGAAAACUGUUCGCUGUUUCCUCGAGAAAAAGAAGGAAGAGGUGUUGAAACAGUUUGAUGAGAAUACUAAUUGGCUUCAGCGAGUGGAGAGUGAAAUGAUGCUCUUAGGUCAAAAUGGUGAUAUUCCAGAGAUACUCAGUAAAGAUCUUCAUUGUCACCACUUUCGGCUCCAGACUAGAGACCUGAAAACACAAGUGGGAUACAUGAAGGCUCUAGCUUGUCUCCAAGAGCGGCAGCACAGUCAGACUGAAGCAGUAUUGAAUGCUUUACUUCCAGCCUUAAGGAAAAAGUAUUGCAUGACGAAAGAAACUGAUCUGUCAAAGGCUGCUUGUGAUUCUGACUUCGAAACUAUUGAGCGUUUGGUUGAGAGGAAGAAGGUGGUGGUUUGGGCUGACCAAACCACGGAACAUUCAAACCAAAGUAAUCUUCCAGGGAUUUCCCUACUUAUGACCUUCCCGCAGCUUGGACCCAUUCAGUCUAUUCCUUGUUGCACAUCCUCAAGUGAACCUAAUUUGUUUGAUACUACUCCACAAAAAAGAACCAGAAGAAAAUUAUUGUCUUCCUCCUCGAAAGUAAAACAUACUCAGAAGUCUCCACUGUCUGAAAGUUCACAGCUCAAUGAUUCUUUUAGCAAGGAACUUCAGCCUAUUGUUUACACCCCAGAGGACUGCAGAAAAUCUCUUCAAAACCCAUCUCCAGCCUUAGUAAGACAUUUGUCACAUACCACAAGCAUAGCCAAUGAUAAUUCUUUGAAAAUACCAUGUGAAGUAGAUUCUCCUCUCAAUGGGAGAACAGAGUAUAAACAGAAUGCAGACUCUUCAUUAACUAUAUGUGAUGAUAUCAGGAGCCUGAAGAAUAACUUGCCUGAACCAGAAUCACUACCAAACAGCAAAAGCAGUUUACCCAGUUCUUCGUUGUUAAUGUCCAGGCAUGAAUCUUCCUUAUUUUCAAUUAAGGAGUCUAGGCCUGUAUCAACAAGUGUGCCAUCCUACAUGGCUAUGACUGCUGCUGCCAAGAGGAAAAGGAAGUUAACAAGUUCUACAUCAAAUGCUUCAUUAAAAUCUGAAGAAAAUCAUGGAUUCACCAAACGCAUUCGACAGGAUAAUUCAAGUGAUAAGCUCUUGCAAGAAAACAGACUGACAGUAGGUUAUAGAAGAAUCACCAACAAAAUGAAUUCAAACAUGGUUAGAAAAUUUAGAAGAAACGCUUCUAAAGAAAACAUACACUAAGAAGUGUCGAUGUCCCUGCAAAAAUGUACUUGAUGUCUCUGAGAGAAGGCCACCUAGAACCGAUAACUAAAAUAUUUUCAUCAAACAAAAUAAAAACUCCUUUUUUAUUUUAAGUAAAUAUAAAAUUACAAGAGGUUAUAUUUACCAUUUCUCAAAUAUUUGUUACUCUUGAAAAUCUCCAAGUGAAUAUGUCAGUUUAGUUUUACUUUACCUCAGCUCGAUUAGCACAUUUUAGGGAAAAAAAAGUGACCUAAAUUGCCCUUUUUAUUUUCAAAAAUUAGGAGACUCUAGAAGUCAUAAAAUUAAGACCAAGAUGUAUUUGUCUUCUGUUCUCUGUCAAUAUGUGUUUUAUUCAUAUAUGUGAUUUUACUUUUGAAAACUUUGGUGCAGAAAUUUAGAUAUAAAUUCCCACAGUAUUGUAAAUAUUGUUUAAAUACCUGUCACAAAUACUAAUAUUUUAUUGCUUAGUACAUUAAAGAUAUAGAUUUUAAAGUGUUUGUCUUCCUGCUUUGUUGAAACCACUCAUACAUAGUAAAUGUUAUUUUAUAUAUAAGCAUGAAUUUUGUGAAUUUGUUUUUUAUACUAGAGCAAGGUAGUGUGUACCCAGACCUAAUCUGUAAAUAACCUAUGCAUUUCUUCAUAAGGAAGAGUUCUGAGGAAAUAUUUUAAUCAUUCUUGUUACUUGGGGAUUACUGAGAGCUACAACUUAUCUACCUAACCUUAUUCGCUUAUCUGGUUUGGCCUACUUUUGUGGUCAAAAGUACACAUUUUUGCCUAAUACACUUAUAAGUUUCUGCCUCCACGGAAUCUUCACGCCAACCCAAACAACCAUACAGCACCUUAUAAGAUUUCUUAAGGCUUUCACUUAAUCAAUUUUUGUAUUUAAAAUGUAAUCAAGAAAACAUGAGGCAGAAUAAUCUUCAUAGUUCUUCCUGCAUUUGUAGGGGUGUAGUCAGAAUCUGUCAUAGGAAAGGCCCAAUAAAUUUUCACCAUACAUUGUGAUUAGCUUUUGAUUGUGUUGGCUGUUGUAAGAAUCAUUUUCCCCUAUGAGCAAAGAAGUCAGGACCAUGAGGGGUGCACCCACCCACGGAGACAGUGGGGCUGAUCUAUUGUGAGCUCACCAAGGCCAGCUGGACUGCGACUGAAAAAGCAUGGGAUAAAACCGGACUCUCUGAAUAUGGUGGACAAUGAGGGCUGCUGAGAAGCCAAGGACAAUGCCACUGGGUUUUGAUCCUACUUCAUGUUCUGGCUU